AUGGCUGUGAAACUGCUGGACAGCUUACGGCCAGCAUCUGCACAACUUGAGGUGGCCAUGGAGCUACUGCUGCAGGAGAAAUCUAGGAUGCAGGUGCAGGUGCAGAAUCCUGUUAUCAGCGAGGACACUGAUGUUCUGAACACUGCCAUACUCACAGGAAAGACAGUUGCCAUGCCUAUCAAGGUGGUCUCUGUGGAGGAGAACAGUGCCGUGAUGGACAUCUCAGAGUCGGUGGAAUGCAAGUCCGCAGACGAGGAUGUUAUCAAAGUGUCUGACCGCUGCGACUACAUCUUUGUCAAUGGCAAAGAGAUCAAAGGAAAGAUGGAUGCAGUGGUGAACUUCACAUACCAGUACCUGAGCGCCCCCCUGCAUGUCACCGUGUGGGUGCCCCGGCUGCCCCUGCAGAUCGAGGUCUCUGACACGGAGCUCAGCCAGAUAAAGGGCUGGAGGGUCCCCAUUGUGACCAGUAAGAGGCCCACUCGUGAGAGCGAGGAUGAGGACGAGGAGGAGCGGCGGGGCCGGGGCUGCGCGCUGCAGUACCAGCACGCCACCGUGCGGGUCCUCACCCAGUUUGUGUCCGAGGGCGCCGGCCCAUGGGGCCAGCCGAGCUACCUGCUUAGUCCCGACUGGCAGUUCGACAUCACUCACCUGGUGGCAGACUUCAUGAAGCUGGAGGAACCUCACGUGGCCACCCUCCAGGACAGCCGGGUCCUAGUCGGGCGAGAGGUUGGGAUGACGACCAUCCAGGUGUUGUCUCCACUGUCUGACUCCAUCCUGGCAGAGAAGACAAUAACCGUGCUAGAUGACAAAGUGUCGGUGACAGACUUGGCCAUCCAGCUCGUGGCUGGGCUGUCUGUCACCCUUUACCCCAACGCAGAAAACAGCAAGGCCAUAACAGCUGUGGUCACAGCUGAGGAGCUGCUGCGGACCCCCAAACAGGAGGCUGUAUUCAGCACAUGGCUGCAGUUCAGCGAUGGUUCGGUGACGCCCCUGGACAUCUACGACACCAAGGACUUCUCCCUGACAGCCACCUCCCAGGACGAGGCUGUCGUGUCCGUCCCCCAGGCCCGCUCUCCCAGGUGGCCCGUUGUGGUGGCUGAAGGGGAAGGCCAGGGCCCACUGGUCCGAGUGGACAUGACGAUCGCCGAGGCCUGCCAGAAAUCCAAACGCAAGAGCGUCCUGGCCGUGGGUGUCGGCAACGUCAGGGUCAAGUUCGGACAGAACGAUGCUGACUCCAGUCCCGGCAGGGACUAUGAGGAAGAUGAGAUCAAGAACCAUGCCAGUGACCGCCGGCAGAAGGGUCAGCACCAUGAGCGCACAGGCCACGAUGGGCACUUCUAUGGCAGCUCUCCCGUGGAGCGUGAGGAAGGGGCUCUCUGGAGAGCCACUACCACGGCCAGAUCCCUGCUGGACAACAAAGUGGUGAAGAACAGCCGUGCAGACGGGGGUAGGCUGGCAGGAGAGGGGCAGCUACAGAACAUCCCCAUCGACUUCACCAACUUCCCAGCCCACGUGGACCUCCCCAAGGCCGGGAGUGGGCUGGAGGAAAAUGACCUGGUGCAGACCCCGCGGGGCCUGAGUGACCUGGAGAUAGGGAUGUACGCCCUCCUGGGGGUGUUCUGCCUGGCCAUCCUCGUCUUCCUGAUCAACUGCGCCACCUUUGCCCUGAAGUACAGGCACAAGCAAGUGCCCCUGGAAGGUCAGGCCUCCAUGACCCAUUCUCACGACUGGGUGUGGCUCGGCAAUGAGGCUGAGUUCCGGGAGAGCAUGGGGGACGCGCCGCCGCCCCAGGACGAGCACACCACCAUCAUAGACCGCGGACCGGGGGCCUGCGAGGAGAGCAACCACCUCCUGCUCAAUGGCGGCUCCCACAAGCACGUGCAGAGCCAGAUUCACAGGUCAGCCGACUCGGGGGUGCGGCAGGGCAGAGAACAGAAGCAGGACACCCUGCACUCGCCCACCUCCAAGAGGAAGAAGGUGAAAUUCACCACCUUUACCACCAUCCCCCCGGACGACAGCUGCCCCACGGUGAACUCCAUCGUCAGUAGCAACGAUGAGGACAUCAAAUGGGUGUGCCAAGACAUGGCUGUGGGCGCCCCCAAGGAACUUAGAAACUAUCUGGAGAAACUCAAAGAUAAGGCUUAGGCCCCUCUAGCCAGAGGGCCCUGCCCAGAUGCCUUCCUUGUACUGGAAACUGGCCCCAAGUGGGGCAGAAGGCGUUGUCAGUGGGGUUAAGAAGGGACGGUCCCGGGGUCCAUGCUAGACCAGUUGGAAAGUUUUGAAGUCAGGAAAAGACAUUUUUGUAUCAAGGGAUUUUUAGCAGUCAAUGAUGGUGGAUUUUCAGAGGUCAGGGGGAUAAAGUCUGGGGCAUGGGGAGCACAGAUCAAGUUAUUGAACUGCACAGGCAAAAUUAGGAAGGUUAUUUUAUGAGUCAAAACAUACUACAGACAAGCUACCAAAAAUUAUUUGUUAAAAAAUUCAAAAAGACAAAUAAAAAGAGAAAUAAUCAUCUGUUUAUAUUUCUAAUAAAGAAGCAAAAUAUAAAAAUAGGGCCUGCUAGGAGACAUUUUCCAUUUUAAUUCACUAUUCACUUUUCCGAGGACAGCCUUCAACUGUCACCACACAGCUGGGGAGGAGACAUUUCUUAACAGGGGAUGCCUCUUGGGAUAAAACUAAGGAGUUUUAAAUCUUUACUUGAUCAUCUUUUCUUUUCUUUUCCACUUUUUCCUUUUUUUUUUCUUUCUGUGCCCUAGACUUCCAUUGCAUUUACAUUUAAUGUUUGUUUCUGAGAAUCAAGCAGUAUAUUUUUCCUAAAUGAAACAUAAAUUAUAUUCCUAUUCAUUAGAUGGGUUCCUAGAAACAAUGUCAAUUAAUCCAUUGUUUAAGUAGUAACUUGAAUGUUUUUCUGUAUCCCUUCGGCUUUGUUGAUAGUGGCUGGUUUUGUACAGUUGGAGGGAGCUCUCAAAGCCUUCUGGGGGAGGAGAGGAACUGUCCUUAAUCCAUCACCACUGCCACAGGGCAAAGCCAGCAGGUGUGGUCUUGUGAGGGGCUAUACGGAUGGGAUGUGGCAGGAGAACAGAGCCCUGCCUGGACCACCUGACCCCUCGGGACUCCACCCCGUCAUCGUUUUGGUGUUCCUGUAUAGGAGAAAGUUGGGUUAAAUAAAAAAAAGAGGCCACUCCCAGGCGUCAUCAGAGCCAACCUGGUGGGCUGGGUCUAUCACAAGACAUCCCUGAUGCUGAACACGAACAAAGAUAAAAACUGUUUGGGGGGUUUUUAAGUUGUUUUUCUUACUUUGUUGGGUGGGGUAUACCAGCAUAAACUCUAAAGAUAAAAUCUAUGUUAGAUUGUCAAUCAACUGUGUUUUUGAACAGCAUAAUUGUGUAGCAGCACAUUGCAAAAAACGCAUUCAUCCAAAGCGACACGUAUGUGGCAACGAAGACCACGCCAGUGAAACAAGCCCCUUCGUGAUCACCCGACUCCGGUUCUCCGUGUGCACCACUGGCUGCGGCUGCGGGAGGAAGAUGCCUGGCAGUCCUCAUGCUCUCCGCAGGGGGCGCUCACCAAGAUUCCAGGGGUGUUUAUUGUGUUUAUUUUUUUAAUUACUAAACUCAGUAGCUAAGAAAGGGUCCUUGAAGCCUCCUAACCUGGGUUGGACCUUUGAAAAAUAUAUUUGUAGCACAUAUAUAGAUGGAAAGAAGAAGAUAUUUAUUUAUACCUGUGAUGCCAAUUGUCAUUAAAAGGCUUUUCAUGGCUUGACAAGUCA